AUCAGUUUCUAGCAUUUUCUAUGCUACUAUAAAACCUCAGAACUCUUCCAAAACAAAGGAUUGCUCAUUUGAAAGAAGAAAUAAAGUAGAAAAUGGCAGGAAACGACUUAGCUUUGGAUUUAGAGGAACUUAAGCAUCUUCAAAACAUAGCAAAACGGCCACGUGUUGUUUCUCUCAUUUCCUCUGAGAUUCGUAACUUGGAAAAGCUGUCAACAAAUGGUGCUUCAGUAUCAUCUUCUCAAAUACCAGCUCCAGUUUCAACUGCUCCAAAAGUGAUCCAUAACCCAUCACUGAACUAUGUUUCUGUUUCAUCGUUCAGUUGGGAUCAGGACAAUGACAAAGUGAAGAUAUAUCUAUCAUUGGAAGGAGUAGAUCAGGAGAAAAUGGAGACAGAUUUCAAGCCUAUGUCUUUUGAUGCCAAGUUUCAUGAUGUACACGGAAAGAACUAUCGCAUCUCCUUACCGAAACUGAACAAAGAGAUUUCACCUGAGAAAUGUAAGGUGCUUGUUAAACCCACUAGGGUUGUCAUCACCUUAGCCAAAGCCUCCAAAGGGAACUGGUUGGAUUUGCAUUACAAAGAGGAUAAGUUCAAGCCAAGUUUGGACAAAGAAAAAGACCCCAUGGCAGGAAUUAUGGAUUUGAUGAAGAACAUGUAUGAGGACGGCGAUGAGGAAAUGAAGAAGACGAUUGCAAAAGCCUGGACUGAUGCCAGAUCUGGCAAGACAGCUGAUCCAUUGAAAAGAUUCCCUUGAAGGCUGAAUGGGUAUUUUUACAGAUUUUGGGGGCUUAAUCUGGGUGUGAGAAAAUGCAGUCAGUAUUCUGUUUACCAUUUGACUAGCUUGUAGUAAUGGACAAUCAAGGAUUUUAUGUAGAAUGUUUACAGCAUGUUGCUUGGAUGGUUCUUCUUUGAGUCUUAACUGAAACUGGUUUAUAUGCAGCUGGUGUCAAGUAAUUAUGUUAAACUGGAGGCACCUUGUCAUGAAAAGCUUAUGUUUGAAUGUGAUGCCAAAAAUGAAAUGAUUUAGGUA